CUCUCUCCUCUCUCAGCAAAAGUCAGUCUGAUAUAAAAUUUGUCUCCAACAGCUUUCGAAUUUUCAAACCUCUCUCUCUCUCUAAAACACUGUAGACUCUCUCUAACCGCUUCUAUUGUCCAAGCAAAGACCCCUUUCUAAUUCCAUAGCCCUCAAAGAUUGCUUCUUUUCUCUUCUUCCUCUUUUGAAUUUUUGCACCAAAACGCAAUCUGUGCUGAGAAAGCUCGAGUCUUUCUUGGCGUUUCGGGGCUUUGAUCGGUGGGUUUUGGUUUUCGGUUCGAGAAUUUCAAAGGGUCUGUGUCACUUUGUGAGAACAAGAGGAUCGGUGAAGAUGGUCACUCUUCUUUUUGGGCUGGAGCUCCGGUUUCGAGCUUUUGGUGAUUUCUAGGGUUUGCGGUGUGUGUAAAUUUUGUGGCUUUGAUUAGGGUUUCUCGGAGUUUUCAUUAUUAAAGCGGCGAGUUGGGUAGUAUUUCUGGGCCCAUUUUCUUGAAGGAUUUGCUGUCAUAGAAAAGGUGUCUGUCUCAUGAUUAAAGGGUUCGGCUCAAUAUUUAUAGUUUUCCUGUGAAUCUUUGAAGCAGGUGUUGGUGAAGCGUAGACAAGCAAACAAGGAUAAAUAAACAGAGCAUUAUGGUUGCAAAAGACCACCAGAGUGCUACAAAUUCUCCUAGUCCAAAAGUGGAGGUGGGAGAGAUCGACACCAGGGCACCUUUCCAAUCUGUUAAAGAUGCUGUGUCACUAUUUGGUGAGGGGGCAUUCUCUGGCUCUGGGGAGAAACCUGCCAUUAGGAAGAUAAAACCCCAGUCAGCGGAGCGAGUGCUAGCCAGUGAGACACAGCUUCACCUGGCCCAGAAAGAAUUGAACAAGCUGAAGGAUCAACUAAUGAAUGCCGAAACUACUAAAGCCCAAGCACUUGUGGAGCUUGCAAAAGCCAAAGUAACUCAUGAAGAGCUGAACAAGAAGCUGGCAUCUCUUGGUGAAUCUAAGGAAUCUGCAAUAAAGGCAUCAGAAGCUGCAAAACAUCGGGCAAAGCAACUCGAAGAAGCAAACAAUGGGAACCUAGCUGGAACUGAUGGUGCUUGGAAGCAAGACUUGGAAACAGAUAGAGCACAAUACAUGAAUGUAAUUACUGAACUUGAUGCUGCAAAGCAAGAGUUGAGGAAAAUCCGUCAGGACUGUGAUGCAUCCUUAGAAGCAAAAGUUGCUGCAUUCAAGCAGGCAGCAGAAGCUGAAGAUGCAGCCAAAGCAAAUGCGGAGAGGGUUAAUGAGCUCUCAAAGGAAAUUGCAGCUGUGCAUGAAUCAAUUGGGCAAGUGAAACUUGCAUCUGAGGAAGCCCAGCAAGAGAAAGCAAAGGUAUUUUCCGAAAAGGAUGUCCUGAGGCAAGCAUAUAAGGCUACGGCAGAAGAGUCUGCAAAGAAAUUGCUCUCUCUACAAAAAAAGUUUGAUCCAGAAAUUUCCAGAAAUCUGGAAGCACAACUUGCUGAUACAUUGAAUGAAAUUGGAGCUCUGCAAAAGCAAAUGGAGAAUGAAAAGGCUUCAGAUUUAGAUUCUGUAAGAACGGUCACUUCGGAGCUGGAUGAUGCUAAGGAAUCACUGCAUAGAGUAGCCGAAGAAGAAAACAACCUCAGAAGUUUAGUUGAAGCACUUAAGGUGGAAAUUGAGAAUGUGAAGAAAGAGCAUGCUGAGCUCAAGGAAAAGGAAGCGGAAACAGAAUCUAUUGCUGGGAACUUACAUGUCAAACUGCGGAAAACUAAGACUGAGCUUGAAGCAUGCCUAGCCGAAGAAUCUAAAGCCAGAGGUGCUUCCAAUGAAAUGAUAGCAACACUAAACCAGCUGUCGUUGGAAAUUGAAAAUGCUCGACGGGAUGCAGAAGAGAUGAAGAUUAAAGCGGAGGAAAUGAAAAAGGAAGCUGAAACUACCAAAAGUGCUGUAAAAGAGGCAGAGAAGAAGCUGAGAAUUGCUCUGGAAGAAGCUGAAGAAGCUAAAUCAGCAGAAGAAAGUGCCCUUGAACAGAUUAGAACUUUAUCCGAGAGAACUAACGCUGUUCGCGCAUCAACAUCUGAGUCUGGUGGCCAGAUCACUAUAUCGAAGGAUGAAUUUGAGUCUUUGAGCCGAAAGGUUGAGGAGUCCGACACAUUAGCAGAAAUGAGAGUGGCUGCUGCCAUGGCUCAGGUGGAAGCUGUGAAGGCUAGUGAAAAUGAGGCCUUGAAGAAGUUAGAGGCAACCCAGAAGGAGAUUGAAGAUAUGAAGGCUGCAACUGAGGAGGCCAAAAAGAGGGCCGAAAUGGCUGAAGCAGCCAAAAAGGCAGUGGAAGGAGAGCUCCGAAGGUGGCGGGAACGCGAGCAAAAGAAAGCAGCAGAUGCUGCCUCACGGAUAAUGGCAGAGACAGAAGAGUCAGUGGAAUCAUCCCCGCGCCAUUACAGGAUUCAAAAGCAGAACUCCCAGACGAAAACUGUCCAGGGCCGGAAGAUGGAGAAAGCAAAGACCUCUGUUUCAAAAAAGACACUAUUGCCUACCCUCAGCGGGAUGUUUAAUAGGAAAAGGAACCAGAUUGAGGGUGGCUCUCCGUCUUAUCUCCCUGGUGAGAGACCCCUUUGAUAUGUGUGUGUUACCAAAUGUGGAACUCUGAAACAUUGUAGACCAGAGCAAGUUUGGGUAUGUCUGCAUUAACAAGCUCGAACGAUCUUCGCUGUAUGUAACUCCAGAGAGCGUGUGGUUUUGUAUAUUGCACACAAUUCUUGGAUUUUCGGUUAUAAGUUUUGCUGUAGAAAUCAAGUCUCAACCUUCCACUC